AUGGGCCAGGCCCGGCCGGGUGAACGCGGGCCGCCCGGCCCAGGCCCCGGCCCCGGCCCCGACCCCGCCGCGCCGCCGCCCGCACCCCGCCGCGCCCGCGGCCUGGCGCUGCUCGGGGCCCUGCUCGCCGCCGCCGCCGCCGCCGCCGCCGCGCGAGCCUACGCCCGCCACAACGAGGCCCAGGCGGCCGCGCGGCAGGAGUCCGCGCUGAAGGCCCUGGGGACAGAAGGCCUCUUUCUCUUUUCCUCCUUGGACACAGACCGGGAUAUGUACCUCAGCCCCGAGGAGUUCAAGCCCAUUGCUGAGAAGCUGACAGGGUCCGCUCCUGCGGGCGUCUACGAGGAGGCGGAACUGGCCCUUGACCCCAGUGAGGAGACGCUCACCAUAGAAGCCCGAUUCCAGCCUCUGCGCCCGGAGUCCAUGACCAAGAGCAAAGACGGGUUCCUGGGGGUCUCCCGCCUCGCCCUGUCCGGCCUCCGCAACUGGACGACGGCAGCCUCGCCAAGUGCGGUGUUCGCCGCCCGCCACUUCCGGCCCUUCCUUCCUCCUCGGGGCCGGGUGGAGCUGGGCGAGCCCUGGUGGAUCAUCCCCAGUGAGCUGAGCGUCUUCACCGGCUAUCUGUCCAACAACCGCUUCUACCCACCACCACCCAAGGGCAAAGAGGUCAUCAUCCACCGGCUCCUGAGCAUGUUCCACCCUCGGCCCUUCGUGAAGACCCGCUUUGCCCCUCAGGGGGCCAUUGCCUGCCUGACGGCCAUCAGCGAUUUCUACUACACUGUGAUGUUCCGGAUCCACGCCGAGUUCCAGCUCAGCGAGCCGCCUGACUUCCCCUUCUGGUUCUCACCUGGCCAGUUCACCGGCCACAUCAUCCUCUCCAAAGACGCCACUCACAUCCGAGACUUCCGGCUCUUCGUGCCCAACCACAGGUCUCUGAACGUGGACAUGGAAUGGCUGUACGGGGCCGGUGAGAGCAGCAACAUGGAGGUGGACAUUGGCUACAUCCCCCAGAUGGAGCUGGAGGCCCUGGGCCCAUCGGUCCCCUCCAUGAUCCUGGAUGAGGAUGGCAACAUGAUCGACAGCCGCCCGCCCUCAGGGGAGCCCCUCCAGUUUGUGUUUGAGGAGAUCAAGUGGCAGCAGGAGCUGAGCUGGGAGGAGGCCGCCCGGCGCCUGGAGGUGGCCAUGUACCCCUUCAAGAAGGUCACCUAUCUGCCAUUCAUCGAGGCCUUCGACCACGCCAAGGCCAAGAACAAGCUGGUGCACUCAAUUCUGCUGUGGGGGGCCCUGGAUGACCAGUCCUGCUGAGGUUCGGGGCGGACUCUCCGGGAGACUGUCCUGGAAAGUUCGCCCAUCAUCGCCCUCCUCAACGAGAGCUUCAUCAGCACUUGGUCCCUGGUGAGGGAGCUGGAAGACCUGCAGAACGACCAGGAGAACCCGUCCCACAAGAAGCUAGCUGACCUGCACCUGGAGAAGUACAGCUUCCCCGUGGAGAUGAUGAUUUGUCUGCCCAACGGCACUGUGGUCCACCACAUCAACGCCAACUACUUCUUGGAUAUCACCUCCAUGAAGCCCGAGGAUAUUGAGAACAACGUCUUCAGCUUCUCAUCCACCUUUGAGGACCCGUCCACGGCCACGUAUAUGCAGUUCCUGAAGGAAGGCCUUCGGCGUGGCCUGCCCCUCCUGCAGCCCUAGUGUACCCUCAGGCCGUGAGAGGCCCGGCUGGCGUAGGGGGAGCUGAAGGAAGGGCCUCCAGCGCUGAGGACAGGCCCCUCAGGCCCAGAGCCGGUGGUCCUCACACUCCCACCCCUGCCGCUCCCAGGCUGCCCGUGGGGCCUGAGGUCAAUGGGGGGUAGACGGGGGUGUCUGGGCUGACUGGCUGGAUGAACCUCUAGCUCCAGCUGCCACCAUUAGCCCUUUACUACCCACAUGGUUCCAGAAGCUGUUCAGGAUACCAAAAAUGGGGCCUCGGGUCAUCUCCCUGGACCUCACCCACUCAGGCACAUAGUCCAGGUCCUUGUGAGGUGAAGAUCAGGAAGGAGUGGUGCUAGGAAGACUGGGCCACCCCUCUCUCCUUACAUUCAUCCCAAAAGAAACAUCAAGAAACCCUGGACUGGGGGUUAAGGAGGGGUUGCCAGGGAAGCACUCUUGUUUGGAGCCUCCUUCCUGGCUGCCCCCCCCCCGCCUGGUGUCCCCCAGUGGGGUGAGUUUCAGCUGGAGACAGCCUUUUGGAGGCUCAGGGCAAAGCCCUCUUUCAGGAGAAUUCACUGUACCUCGGACCUUGGCUUCCCAGACCACUCAAUCCAACCUAAUGAUAGGACACCCAGUACCAAUUUUGGGACUUGCUGGGGGGCAGCUGCCUGGAGAGGUUCACUGUGAAGGAGACUUCUGCUCUUAGCAAGGGAGUCCACUGAGGGGUUCCUGAGGCCCAGUGCCAAGGCACCCCCAACCACCUCCACCUACCCCAGCAAGGGUCACAGUAGGAUGACAGACCCCAGCUCCACAGAAGUGUACCUCAGCCAAAGAACACAGCCUCCCCCAGAGCUGGCGCUGCCCCAGCUGUCAGGGCAGCCCAGACCAGCUAGCCCACCACCGAGUGGCCAUUGACCCUCCUUGGCCUCUCUUAAGGCCUUGGUCUACGUCCCAAGCCACUGACCACAGCCAGUCUUUUUUAUAUAUGCAGAAAAGUGUCUUUAUGUGAAGCUUCUCACAGUUUGUAGGUAUUUUUGAUAACCCCAACGCUGAGGAGAAAGAAGGGGUGGUGUCUUCCCCCAGCAGCAGCCCCAUGAUGGCUGGAUCUGAAAUCCUAGAUGGGUCCAGCUUGAUGUCUUUGCAGCUGCACCUACAGGAAGAAAUAGUCCUCUCUUCCUUUUCUUCCAGCUUUUUAAAAAAGGUCAGUGUACCCCCAACCCUAUCCUUGUCCGCCACUCAGGACCAUGAGAGAUCCUUGGGCUUUUUCAUUAAAGCCUUGGAGCCACACCUGCUCCCCAACGCCUGCCCCCACAGGGGCUCACUCUCAAACCUGGAAGAGGAAGGCAGACAUUUCCUCAGACACGCUCCCCGGCCUCCCAUCCGCUGAGUUCUGUCUGCCACUGAAGUAUCCAUACUGAGCCUUCUCUGUCUGGGGCACUCUGUUAACAUUACUUGUAUUUUCUCAUUUAAUCCUCACAACAAACCUGUGAGGCAGAUAGUAAUUGUUCCCAUUUUGCAGAUGAAACUGAGUCUCAAGGAAGUGAAGUGACGUGCCCAAGGUCACUGAGUGGUGGAGCUGAGAUUCAGCCUGUCUCAAUUUUGGAGUGUUUUGUUUUGCACUGCCCCUCACCUCUCUCCCCUGCCCAUUUUCACCGAGGUGAAAAAGAAAGCCUUUCAGACCAAAAUGUCUCACUCCCCUCUGAUCUCCAGAGCAAAGGAGGCGUGAGCCAGCCAGCUCAACCAAGUUGCAUCCUGGGAGGCAGUGCUUCCAUGCCCCUUACAGGGAGGGAGGGCACCCGAGUCUGUCUCGGGGCUUCCAGGCCUGGGCGGCAGUAACCAAUCCCAUGAGCCACCCAGUGUCAGCAGAGACUCAGCCUCGCCACCCAGCAGGCUCUUCCUCUCGUCCUGGUACAGGAGGGCCCACUCCACAUUGCACAGUCUUUGUUUUAUGUAAGGCACUGAUUGCCUUGGCUUUCUGAUCUUCAUCUCAAGUCUUCUCCUGAACCCCACCCGCACCCCACACUGGGCCUUGAAGCUCAUGGUGGGGGAGGGCCCCCAGCUCCUGCCUGUUACCUGUCUGCCCCUUCCCUCCGAUACCCACACGUCCUGUAAUAAAAUUGGAGAGACUA